AGGCCUAUGGAUUAUCUGCCCCCCAAGACCAAGUAAUCACAGCAAUAGAGUAUCAAGAGGUUAUUUUAAAAUGUAAAUACCCAAAGAAGACCAUGGACUCCAGAUUAGAGUGGAAGAAACUGGGACCGAGCGUCUCCUUUGUCUACUAUCAACAGGCUCUCAGAGGUGAAUUUAAAGAUCGAGCUCAGAUGUUGGAUUUCAGUAUCAGGAUCAAAAACGUUACAAGAAACGAUGCCGGGAAGUAUCGUUGUGAAGUCAGUACCCCAUCUGAUCAAGGCCAAAGCCUGGAAGAGGAUACGGUCACUCUGGAAGUGUUAGUGGCUCCAGGGGUUCCUUCAUGUGAAGUCCCCAACUCUGCUGUGAGUGGAUCCACGGUAGAGCUCCGGUGUCAAGACAAAGAAGGGAACCCGGCUCCUGAGUACACGUGGUUCAAGGACGGCAGCCGUUUGUUAGAGAAUCUGAAACUCGACGCCCAGAGCGGCAACAGCUCAUACACAGUGAAUACGAAAUCCGGGACUCUGCAAUUUAACGCUGUUUCAAAACUGGACAGCGGAGAGUAUUACUGCGAAGCCCAUAACUCUGUUGGAUAUCGCAGGUGCCCUGGGAAACGAAUGCAAGUAGAUGAUCUCAACCUAAGUGGCAUCAUAGCGACGGUGGUAGCUGUGGCCUUAGUGAUUUCUCUUUGUGGCCUGGGUGUGUGCUAUGCUCAGAGGAAAGGCUACUUUUCAAAAAAAACCUCCUUCCAGAAGGGUAGUUCUGCGACUAAAGCUACUCCAAUGAGUGAAAAUGAUUUCAAGCACUCAAAAUCCUUUAUAAUUUAAAAGAAUUCCACCUUUGAGAUACACCAAUACCACAGAUAUUACACAAGUUAUUAAAAGAUUAUAAAACUCUGCC